GUAUUUCUGUUCUUGUUCUCUUGUUGCAUCAGCUUGCAUGUGGACACGAAUAGCAGUAAAACUACCGGCCAGAUCAGGGAAAUUAUCAUUUACAGCCUUCAUUCAAGCCAGGAUCUUGUGUACUACCACUUUAUCUUCCAGUAUGAAGACUUAUACUGUGGUCGCAAGCACCUCAAACCCUCCAAUAGCAACUCUGUUGACUGCUGAACACCUCAAGUCUACUGGUGUUGUCAAGGUUGAGCUAGGAGAUUCUACAUACAUCAAGUUAAAUGAUAUUUUGACCCUUACUGGAGAUCACAAUGUAUCUCGUCAUCUGGCUAGACUUGUUCCAGCAAAAGGGCUUUAUGGUCAAAACAUGAUUCAAGCAUCAGAGGUUGACCAUUGGCUGGAGUUCUGUAACAGAUGUCAGAGUAAUCCAGAAAAGGCUCUUCAGCAAUUAAACAAAAAUCUAGCUCCAGUUGCAUACUUGGUUGGUCCAUCAAUAACACUUGCAGAUUUUGCUGUUUGGGGGAUGAUAAGAGGUAAUGGAAGGCUCAGUAACCUACUCAACGGUGAUAAAAAUUUUGAGCAUGUAUCCAGAUGGUAUAAGUUUUGUGGUUCUCAGAAUCCAUUCAGUGUAGUUUCUAAAGAACUGCCAAGCAAUUAUGAAGGAAAAGAUGCUGCUGCUUCCAAAAGUGGGGGCAAUAUGGGUACAAAAAUGAAGCAAGAAGGCAAGUAUGUUGAUCUUCCUGGUGCAGAAGAAGGAAAAGUUGUGACCAGGUUCCCACCAGAAGCUAGUGGAUAUCUACACAUUGGUCAUGCUAAAGCAGCACUUCUAAACCAGUAUUAUAAGAAUGUCUACAAUGGGAAGCUAAUCAUGAGGUUUGAUGACACUAAUCCUGCUAAAGAGAAUGCAGAAUUUGAACAGGUUAUUUUAAAAGAUUUGGAAAUGCUGCAUUUUAAAUUUGACAUGUUUUCACAUACUUCUGAUCACUUUGACACCAUCAUUCAAUAUGCUGAGCAAAUGAUUCAAAAGGGACAAGCAUAUGUUGAUGACACUCCGACUGAAAAGAUGAGGGAGGAGAGAGAACAAAGGAUUAAAUCAGCAAAUAGGGAUAACUCUGUUGAGAAGAAUAUGCAAGACUGGGAAGAGAUGAAAAAUGGUACAGAACGAGGCCAAAUGUGCUGUUUGAGAGCUAAAAUUGAUUAUAAUUCCUUGAAUGGAGCCCUAAGAGACCCAACCAUCUUCCGCUGUAAACCAGAGUAUCAUGUCAAAACAGGAUACAAAUACAAGGUUUACCCAAUCUAUGACUUUGCAUGUCCUAUUGUAGAUAGCUUAGAAGGUGUAACUCAUGCAUUGAGAACGAUGGAAUACCAUGAUCGUGAUCCACAGUACUACUGGUUUCUCGAUACUCUUGGUCUAAGGAGGGUUCAUAUCUAUGAAUUCAGUCGGUUGAACCUUCAAAAUACUGUCAUGUCAAAGAGGAAGUUGACCUAUCUGGUUAAUGAGGGAUAUGUGGAUGGAUGGGAUGAUCCCAGAUUUCCUACGGUGCGUGGUGUCUUGCGUCGUGGGAUGACUGUUGAAGGCUUGAGAGAGUUCAUUAUUCUUCAAGGUUCAUCAAGAGCUACUGUCCAAAUGGAAUGGGAUAAGAUCUGGUCAAUCAAUAAGAAGGUUAUUGAUCCCAUAGCACCUCGAUACACAGCGCUACAAAAAGAUUCUGUUGUUCCUUAUAAUCUUUCAGCAGCAAAAGAGGAGUUCAAAAUGUGUCCUCUUCAUCCUAAGAACCCUGAUGUUGGAACCAAAAAAGUGUGGUAUUCACCCAAAGUAUUCAUCGAAGGUGAAGAUGCACAAACAUUGUCAGUGGGUGACAUGGUCACACUUAUGAACUGGGGAAAUACAAAGGUCACUAAAAUAAACAAGAAUUCAAAAGGAAUGGUUGAAUCAAUUGACGGAGAAUUACAUUUGGACAACAAGGACUUCAAAAAGACAACCAAGUUAACAUGGCUGGCCGAUCCAUCCUCUGCCUCAAACAUACCAGUAGUAAUGGUUCAUUUUGAUAAUGUCAUUACCAAACCAAUCAUAACCAAGACAGAUAACUUCAAAGAUUACAUCAACAAGAACACGAAGACCGAGACACUCAUGUUUGGAGAGCCAGAGCUUGCGAACCUCAAGAAGGGCGACAUCAUCCAACUACAACGAAGAGGGUAUUUCAUUUGUGAUCAGCCUUACGAACCUCCAAGUCGUCACACAGGUCGUGAAAGUCCUUGUGUAUUAUUUUCUAUCCCUGAUGGACACACCAAGCCACAGACCACAGGAGGUGCUAAACCAUCAAAGGAGGAGAAUAAUAAGAAAGAGAAAGGAAAUAAAAAAGAACAAAAGAAACAAAACAACGCCGUGCAAGUAAAACCAAGCGCUUCUCCAGAGGCUGUCGAGAAGCUAAAAGCUGAAAUCUCAAAACAAGGAGAUCUAGUCCGUGAGCUGAAGACUAGCGGAGCCGAAAAGGAGAAAGUGACUGCUGCUGUAGCUGAUGACAAAGAGAUGACUGGGGAAGACUUAGCCGCAUCAGGGAAAGGAAAACAAGAGAAAAAGCAAGAUCAGAAGAAAAAUGGGAGUCAAAAACCAGAAGAAAAGCCUGUUGCUGCGGUUGCACUGAGUAAAGAAGCCGAGGAAUUGAAAGACGCCAUUACGAAACAAGGUGACAAAGUACGAGGGAUGAAGACAAGUGGUGCUCCAAAGGACCAGGUUGACGCAGAAGUGAAAACCUUACUAAGUCUCAAAGCCCAGUACAAAGAACUGACUGGCGAGGAUGUGGCUGGUGCUGGCGGCAAAGGAAAAAAGGAUAAGAAAGACAAGAAGAAAGAAGCAAAAUCUGAAGAAAAGAAGAGUAAAGAAGACAAGCCUCAGCAAGCAUCGAAAGGUGAUGGUGGUGGAGAUGAGGGUGGAUUAAAGAAAACCACAAGGUUGGGUAUGGAAGCCAAGAAGAGUGAGAACCUCAGUGAAUGGUACACCCAGAUUAUCACCAAGUCAGAAAUGAUUGAAUACUAUGAUGUUAGUGGGUGUUAUAUAUUACGUGCCUGGUCCUAUGCUAUCUGGGAAUCCAUCAAAGCGUUUUUCGAUGCUGAGAUCAAAAAACUUGGUGUAGAAAAUGUAUACUUCCCAAUUUUCGUGUCUCAAGCCGCUCUCGAGAAGGAAAAAGACCACAUCGCUGACUUCGCACCAGAGGUUGCCUGGGUUACGAGGUCUGGCCAAUCAGAGUUGGCCGAGCCAAUAGCUGUUCGACCUACCAGCGAAACAGUGAUGUACCCUGCUUACGCCAAAUGGGUCCAAUCACACAGAGAUUUACCUCUAAAAUACAACCAGUGGAACAAUGUAGUGCGAUGGGAGUUCAAGCACCCUCAACCAUUUAUACGUACACGCGAGUUUCUGUGGCAAGAAGGUCAUACGGCCCAUGCUGAUCGAGAAAGCGCCAUAGAGGAGGUGCACACAAUCUUGGAGCAUUACGCUAACAUCUAUACCGAAUUGCUGGCCAUUCCUAUUGUAAGAGGACGAAAGACUGAGAAAGAGAAGUUCGCAGGAUCUGAUUUUACCACAACGAUAGAAGCGUACAUAUCAGCCAGCGGUAGAGGAAUUCAGGGCGCCACAUCACAUCAUCUUGGCCAGAACUUCUCCAAGAUGUUCGACAUCAGUUUUGAAGACCCAGAUCCUGAAUGCCAGGAGAAGCGAUACGUGUACCAGAAUUCCUGGGGUAUAACGACAAGAACAAUUGGAGUCAUGACUAUGGUUCAUGGAGAUGAUCAAGGUCUAGUACUGCCACCACGUGUGGCCACAAUUCAGGUUGUUAUCGUACCAUGCGGAGUGACAAUAAAUUUGCCUGCCAAGGACAAGGAAGAGUUGCUCAACAAGUGUGCAGAAUACGAGUCAGCACUGAAACAAGCAUCGGUACGAGUUAAAGGGGAUUUUCGUGAGAACUAUUCACCCGGAUGGAAGUUUAACCACUGGGAACUGAAGGGUGUGCCUAUUCGUAUGGAAGUUGGGCCUCGUGAUGUUAAAAAUAACCAAGUUGUUCUAGUGAGACGACACGACAAAGGCAAGGAAAUAGUCCAAAGCGCAAACCUAAUUGAUCACGUGAAGGAGACGCUUGAGAAGAUCCACCAUGGAAUGUAUCAGAAAGCAAAGAAAGAUCUUGACGAUCACAUGGCUGUCACCACUAGUUGGGACGAGUUUCUUUCGAUGCUCGAAAACAAAAAGAUUAUCCAAGCACCAUUCUGCGGAGAUUCAACAUGUGAGGAUAAGAUCAAGAAAGAUAGUACAAGGGAGGAGUCAUUGGAGGCAGGAGCUCCAUCCAUGGGUGCAAAGGCAUUAUGCAUCCCUUUCUCACAACCAGCACAGCUUACACCUGAAACCAAGUGCGUUCAUCCUGAUUGCGUUAGGCCGGCCAAGUGCUAUACUCUCUUUGGACGAAGUUAUUAACUUCUGGGCAGUUUUGCAGUUAGGUACAAAAUCCGAGGACAGAUGUAAGAAAUUAGAAUCACAAAUAACACACCAUUUAUGCCGGGAAACUUUUCGUCCGCUUUUAUAAUCAGUAGAAAUAUUAAAGAAUGGCUUUGACUAAUAAAAAGUGCAUUUCUUUUUCUUCAAAA